CUUCUUCGUCCUUUUCUGUUCUUAAGCUCUUUCACUUUAUGUGCUAGCAAACUCGAAUGACUUCAAAUGUUUAUGUAAAAGAAGAACAACAGGGCUUAAGGUAUAUAAUUCGCUCAGGAAUUGCUGGUGGAUUCGCAGGAUGCGUCGCAAAAACGGUCGUCGCACCUCUCGAUAGAGUUAAGAUACUCUUCCAAACGUCGAACCCGGACUUUCAGAAGUAUGCAGGUACAUGGAGCGGUGCAUACCGCGCUGGAGCGGAGAUUUACAAGUCUACGGGUGUAUGGGGACUGUUCCAGGGUCAUUCGGCGACGCUGUUGCGAAUAUUUCCGUAUGCUGCGAUAAAGUAUAUGUUUUAUGACCAGAUUCAUCUCGCACUCAUGCCUACGAGAGAAAGUGAGACAAAUUUAAGGCGCUUUGUUGCGGGAUCACUUUCUGGAACGUUAUCAGUCUGCUGCACAUACCCUUUAGAGCUUACCCGUGUCCGCCUUGCAUACGUUACCCGUUCACAUGAAGACGGACACAAGUCAACUGGCUCGCGUUCAACCCGUCCAACGCUGCGCACAGCCAUCUCAGAUAUCUACCACGAGACCACGCGCUUCAAACCUUCCACUUCACUCGCUUCCGAAGUUCGCACGCCUUCAGCAUCACCCGCAAGAGCGCUGCGCACGCAUUUGUUUUACCGCUUUCCGAUACUUUCGUUUUACAGAGGGUUUACGGUGACGAUGUUGGGUAUGGUUCCGUACGCAGGGACGUCGUUCCUUACAUGGGGGUAUCUACGCGCUCUCUUCCUCCCUCCUCCCACUCCCGAAAGACCAAAACCAAAAGCAACCCCUCUAGCAGACCUCACCUUCGGUGCACUCGCAGGGUCCGCAGCGCAAACAGUUUCCUACCCCUUUGAAAUUGUAAGACGACGAAUGCAAGUCGGUGGUCUGACGAACCCGGACCCGCGUGCGUGGUUGACGUUCAGCGAGACUGUGAAGAGGGUGUGGAGUACGAGAGGUUGGAGAGGGUUUUAUGUGGGUUUGGGGAUUGGACUUGCGAAGGUUGUCCCGAUGACUGCGACUAGUUUUGCGGUGUGGCAGUGGGGGAAGAGGGUGCUUGAUGUGUAAUGUAUAGAUGCUGGUUCUUCGCUAUUCGUUUUCAACUUUCAAUCUCUUUUCUCUUUUAUAGCUGAAAUUUUUACUCUUUCGAUUUGACAGACAUUGUAUAUUGUAGCGCAUGAAAAUGACACAUUAACA